AGCACCGCGCACAUGCAAGCCUGAGUUUAUUUUUUUCGCCUCCUCCAAAAAAAAAACAAUUGUAAAUUAGCCGCAAAAAGCAGAGGAAUUGUGUAUGAUAAUGAGCACUCCGGCGAAAAAUAACAACGGCACUGGCCUGGAGGACGUAAAUAUACCGGGCCAGGCUUACUUGCGCGAGGCUCUGACGUCCUGCACGGAUCCCCUGAAGGCCAUCGAGAGUUUUCAGCUUGAGAAUGGUGUUUUGCUGCCUUCAUUACGACCCAUGUUGCCUUUACUCGACUUGCAUGGAGUCCGCCGCUUGGAUUUCCAUACAUCCCUUAUGGAGGAACUACGGGACAAGUUGAUUGCCCACAUCAACGAAAUGGGCCAAAAGGAGCCGCGCGAGCGGGACAAGAAACUCAAGGAACUGCUCGUUAAAAGCUUCCCCGUCGUUCGGGUAAAAUCCCUGCGUCCCGUGGUCAUGGCGAUACUCAGGAACACCCAGCACAUCGAUGACAAAUACCUCAAAAUCCUCGUCCGGGAUCGUGAACUCUAUGCAGAUACAGAUACAGAAGUCAAGCGUCAGAUUUGGCGAGAUAACCAAUCAUUGUUUGGCGACGAGGUGUCCCCUCUGCUCUCCCAAUACAUUCGCGAAAAGGAGCACAUCCUUUUCGACCACACCAACCUGAAUAAUCUGUUCUUCCAGCCAACGCCCAAAGUGCGAAGGCAAGGAGAGGUGGUCCAAAAGUUGGCCAACAUGAUUGGAACCAGUGUCAAGCUGUACGAUAUGGUGCUGCAGUUCCUGCGCACUCUUUUUCUCCGCACCCGCAAUGUCCACUAUUGCACCUUACGUGCGGAGCUGCUGAUGGCCUUACACGAUCUCGAGGUGCAGGAAAUCAUCUCCAUAGAUCCCUGUCACAAGUUCACCUGGUGUCUGGACGCCUGCAUAAGAGAGAAAAAUGUAGAUAUCAAGCGUUCCAGGGAGCUGCAGGGAUUCCUGGACAACAUUAAACGCGGGCAGGAGCAAGUUUUGGGUGAUCUCUCCAUGACACUCUGCGAUCCGUAUGCCAUCAACUUUCUGGCCACCUCGGCCAUCAAGAUACUGCAUCAUCUGAUUAACAACGAAGGCAUGCCGCGUGAUAAUCAGAUACUCAUCCUUUUGCUUAGGAUGCUGGCCUUGGGCUUGAGUGCCUGGGUGAUGAUUGAUUCGCAGGACUUUAAGGAGCCGAAACUGGACUGCCAGGUGGUCACCAAGUUUCUACCCGCUCUCAUGUCGCUGAUGGUGGACGAUCAGUGCCGCAGUUUGCACGCCAAGCUGCCGCCAGAUGAGCGAGAGUCCGCUCUGACCACAAUCGAGCAUUCUGGGCCGGCACCGGAUGCCGUGGAGGCGUACAUCCAGGAGAGUUCGGUGGCCAGCAUACUGGCCAUGUACUAUACGCUGCACACGGCACGGCUGAAGGAUCGUGUUGGUGUACUCCGCGUCCUGGCUAUUUUGUCCGCUUGUAAGGACGACCGGGCGUACGAGGAUCCUUUCCUGCACUCACUGAUUGCUUUGCUCAUCCCCAUGAGCGAGGAGUUCUCUACCGAGGACUUCUGCACUACGCUCUUCGAUGAGUUCAUAUUUGCUGGACUGACGCGCGAGAAUGUUACCUCGCGGCACAUGCUGAAACUGUUGUGGUAUGUGCACAACAAACUGCCUUCGGGUCGUCUGGCCACCUUGAUGAAGGCCAUGCAACCGACGACGGCCCACAAUGAGCACAUCCACAAGCUGUACGAAACGCUGCAGGAGAGGAUUGGCACUGGGGCGGCGGAGACACCGGUCAUCGAGGCGCCGCCCAUGGAAUUCGAUUCGCCGCUGAAGAGUGUGCCAACGCCAGGGCCCCAUUAUAAUGUCCAAUAGCUAGAGGCACCGGCAGUCGCAACGCCAGCGGCUGUCGUCGGAUGAUGAUUGUUGUUAAUGACGACCGGAGGAGGCCCGAGAUUUGGGCGCCUUGGCACUUCUAAGCAGCCGGCGGGAUGGCAAUCCCAAUUUAGCACACAUGCGCAAAUCAUAAUUAUACUGUUUAGAUUAGGCAGAAAGUUCUGCGACCGAGCAAUCGGAUAUAGUUUACAUAUUUACAAAUGUAUCGCUUUGUUAGCAGGCAAUCAAUUUGUUGUCGCUGGCUAUUAUAUAUUAUAUAUUACUGUUACGCUAGUGUAACGAUCGAUUCUAGUACACAAUAUAGAGUACAAAUCUAAA